AUGUCUUCUACAGGAGCGAGGAUGGGUGGCAAGGGCGUGGCGGCGGUGGUGGUGGUGGUGACGGCGGUGCUGGGGGCGGCGGCACGCGGCAGCCCCCCGAGCCUGUUGUCCCACGUGGUGUCGGGGCUGAGCGAGCUGCCCCUCAUUGGGAACGUGAUGCGAGCCUCCUUCCACCCCCUCUACCGCCCCCUCGUCAGGCGCCUGCAGGAGGGAAUAACCAGCCGCGAGGGGGAGGAGGUCGGCGCCGAGCGGUGCUUCGGGGAGCUGGGCUGCCUGCCGCUGCCGGAGAGCUUCUUCCACCCCGUGCACCGGCCGCUCAACCUGCCGCCGUACAGCCGCGAGGAGGUGGGCGUCGUGUUCACGGUGCACUCCCGCGAGGACCCGGAGGGCGCGCCCGUGGCGGCGCUGAAUGUGGAGGCGGCGCUCAACACGUCCUUCACGCCGCGGCGGCCCACCAAGUUUAUCAUCCACGGCUUCCUCGACCACACGGGCGUCACCUGGAUGCUGGACAUGGUCCGCGCCCUCCUGGCCUGGCGGGACCUCAACGUGGUCACCGUGGACUGGUCGGGCGGCUCCCAGACGCUGUACUCGCAGGCCACCGCCAACACGCGCCUCGUCGGCCUCGAAGUCGCUCACUUCAUCAACUUCCUCAAGGACGAGGUCGACCUCGAGCCGCGAGACGUGCACAUCAUCGGCCACUCGCUGGGCUCCCACACGGCAGGGUACGCCGGGGAGCGCGUGCCUGGCCUGGGCAGGAUCACGGGACUGGACCCCGCCGAGCCGUUCUUCCAGUUCAUGUCGCCCAGCGUGCGCCUCGACCCCUCAGACGCCCUCCUCGUCGACGUCAUCCACACCGACGCAGACUCCAUCUUCAACCUGGGCGCGGGCUUCGGGCUGCGGCAGCCGGUGGGCCACAUCGACUUUUACCCCAACGACGGGCGGAGCCAGCCGGGCUGCGACUCCCUGGCGCGAGUGCCGCUCACGGCGCUCACGGACGGGGCGAGCCUCCUGGAGGGCCUGGACGCCGCCCAGAAGGAGUUCAUCGCCUGCCACCACAACCGAGCCGCCAAGCUCUUCACGGACUCCAUUCUUUCUCAGUGCCCCUACACGGCCUUCCGCUGUCCCUCCUACGCGCACUAUCUCAAGGGCAAGUGUGUUGGCUGCGGACCAGAAGGCAGCGGCUGUGCCAGGCUGGGGCUUCACGCCGACGCCUGGCGGAGUGACAGCUUGACGCGGGUCCCGCUCUACCUGUCCACGGGGACGGGGCCGAACUACUGCCUGUACCACUAUCUGCUGCGGCUGGAGGUGGCGGACCCUGGCGGCGGCGGCGGCAGCGUGCGGGGUCGGCUAACGGUGGCGCUGGUGGCGGAGGACGGCAGUAUAAAGGAGUUUGACUUGACCGAGGCCGACCCCGUCACCUUACGUCGCGGCUCCACCUACAUCCGCCUUCUGGAGCACCCGGAGGACCUGAGUUCGACCACGGAGGCGCUGGUUCAGUGGCGCUACGAGGCCGACAUCUUCAACCCCCUGAGCUACUGCGUCCUCUUCUGCGACACCAGCCUCCCCCUCACCCGCCUCACUCUCGCCAGCGUGGACACAGUGUGGGGCGAGGAAGAGGAAGAAGAGGAGAUGGAAGAAGAGACACCAGAAGAACCAGAGAGAGGUGAGAAGGAGAAAGAAGCUGAAGGACAAGAAGGAAAAGGAGGACGAGGAGGACAAGGAGGAGGAGAAAGAGGAGGAGGAGGAGCAAGGCGAGCCAAAAGGAAGGUAAUGUGUCACAAACAGGGUCUUGAGAUAGUGAGGGUGGCGAGUGAGGAGAUGAUCAAGCUGGUGGCGUCCCCUGCCUGCCUCACCUCCACUAACAAAACCACCACUACCAAAACCACCACCACCACCACGUCCUAUCACCACCACCUCCACAACCUCCUCCUCAAUAGAGAGAUGCUAAGGGCUGGGUUCACCUCAUUAACCUCACUCUUCAACCUCAACCUUAUUUAAUAUAGAAUCACUCAGCCACUGCCUCUGUGUGAGUGUCUGUGUGAGUGUGUGUGUGUGUGUGUUUGAACCCCAACCGCAUUUGAUACACACUCACUCACUCCCUC